AAAAAAGUCCACGCAUUUUUGUUUGCUUUACUUAGUGGGAAGCCUUUCCUGUGUGCACACAUUUGCGCAUUUUGAUCACACUUUGCGCAGCUUGUUGAUCUGAUGCGCGCAGCAGUGUUCGGACAUUUAAAAUAAGUGCACUCCCACUCCGUGCCACAUCCAGACCGCGCCUGAUGCUCAUAAACCGAUACAACCUGCAGGACUGUAGCUCCAGCCCGCUGCCAAAACCGAAAACAGCCCAAAGAGCGCGUCGCCUAAUUGGCUGAAGGCUUGGGGAAGAUCUGUCCGAUGAUUAGCCCUCUCCAACAGACGGGGAUUAAAGCUUUGCUCUCUAAUUAUUAUAAAGCAUACGUCAGCACAUACAUCCACCCAUUAGGGGCAGACAGUAAAGCAGGGGGAGAUGUCCUGCUAGGCGGCUGCGGUCUUUCUCCCUCCCUGCGGUGAGGCCGGAGCAGACGUCGGAGGGACGCAGGAACUGGGAAAAUCCUCCUGAGGCAAGUCCCACGACGCUGACACGCCACGCUCCCCACGCCGCGGCAGGCUCCCAUCCUGUGCUCUUCGGCUCAAGAUGGCGGUACAGGCAGCAGAAAAGGACGGAAUAAACAUGAACGUGGACGAGGAUCCCACGCUGAACGACUCGCUGGGGAACCCCGGUCUGAUCUCACCGGACAAGGAGGAUUUAUCCCGUCUGCUGACUGUGCCUUUCAGCGGACGCAUCCGCGGCGGAAUGCGGCCAGGGAAGAAGAUCAUAGUGAUGGGCAUUGUCGACCUGGAGCCACACAGCUUCGACGUCAGCCUGACCUGCGGGCGAGAUUCAGAGAAGGAGGCGCUGCCGUUCGACGUGGCCCUGAAACUCACCGCUCGCUUCAGCGACCGGCAGUUUCUGCGCUGCGCCCGCGUCUCCGGAAAAUGGACGGAGGAGGAGGCAUCCACUGCCUACUUUCCUUUCAUCCCAGACCAGCCCUUUAGGAUUGAGAUCCACUGCGAGCACCAGCGCUUCCGGAUAUUCGUGGACGGACACCAGCUCUUUGACUUUUAUCACAAAGUAAAAUCCUUGCCCUCUAUCGACACAGUACGGAUACAAGGAGAUCUACAGAUCACCAAGCUCGGUUAAACUUCCCUGCUCUUCCAACUUGUAGGAGUUUCUGUGUGUGUGUGAAGCAAAGACUUGAUCACAAAUGACCGCUCACACACACUCGCGUAUUACAUCAUCACCGGUAAGCUGACAGGCAGCGCUGCAGCAGCAUUCCACAUGAGAGGAGGAAAAAAAAAAGCUCUCCAGAGAGGUCCGUUUAGGGUUUUCCUGCUUUUUUUUAGUUUUUAUUUUUUCUCAUCGGGACAUGAUGAACAUUUCUGCUAAUAUUUUGUCGUUGUUUCCACUUUUUAUAAUCGCUAAAUCUCAGAGCUGUUCUAUAAAACCUAAAUCCUUCAUGACAAUAAUUAAAAGUAAACAUUUAGACUAGAUUACUCAGGAGGAACUAUAUCAUGAGCUAAAAAGAAAUAUUGAGUUUAAGGUUGGAAAAAUUAGUUGAUUAUGAUUUUCAAAGAUGCUUUGUGCACACAGAAAACUUUCUUCAGACAAAAUCUACACAACUGAUUCAAGCAGAUUUACUGGAAGUCCUGAAAACGCGUCUCAUACCAGCUAAAACUGACAUCAGUCAAAAUACAGCCUGAUUGAAUUUGAUUUUCCAAAGCUGGAGAUGUUCCAGUUCAAGUUUAGUUUUAUCGCUGCAGAACUAAAACUUUAUACCCUGUUAACUACUUUCUGCCGAUGCACUUUCAACCCCUCUGCUCUCCAUAAGGUGCAUCCCAGAUUACACGUUGAUGUGCUGCAGCUUCGCCGACCUAAAUACCCAAACAGGAGGAUUAUAUUGAGAUGUCCCAUAUUGUGUGCCUCGCUUGCAGGCACCUUCCUGCGACUUUAGCGACUCCUGCAGAUAGGAAGCUGAAAAUCCUGUUGAAGUAACUUAUUUUCUGACUGGUUUAGCUGGUACUCUGGAUGGCUUUGUAUUCAUGACGGUGUGCUAACAUGUUGUACAAACCGCGUUCUUGUUUUAUUUGAAAGAAACCCUUCAAACCCGGUAGCUAGCUUGAAAGCAGGGUCACAUCUUUGGCGGUACUCUGAAUGUAUGAAGUGCAUGUUUCCAUAGUUGUAUAGACGAUGUAAAUAAUUAAUUUAAAAAUGUUUUGCAGUGUGGCUGGUGAUGUCAUGGGUCAUGAACUUUUGUGUUUUCCAUUUCUGUUUUUAUUUCGGUUUGCUGAAUCAUUCCACACCAGCUCAUGGCGAGGCAGAGCUUUAACACCAUCGGCAGCUUCUUCACAGGUCCGACUAAUGACGUGAUCUUUGCCACGCAAUGCACAGCUCCGUCACUUUGACUGUUCCUCUGUGUGCAGGAGAUCUUUUUUUUUUUCCUCCGUUAGGACAACUCUGCACUAUUUAUAGUAAAACUGCUAAAAGUCUUAAGUUUUGUUGGUGCUACUAAUACUCCUCUUCCAUUAAGAUUUGCAGGGCUGUAAUUUCCUGCUAAAGCCUCAUCAGAUAAGAUGAACUGAAAUUUCACAGAGAGGGUAGAGGCGUUUGGCUUCCAGGAUGGGAAAUGCUGAUUUAAUGUGGAUCAAUGUCACAUAACUUGUCAGCCAUUGUGAAACUAAGGGAUUAACCAAGUUUAUUGACUCUUUAAAAUGUUUGGCAUUAUUGCUGCAUCCAGUUUGUCUCCCAGUUGGGAGCUCGGACCCGGAAAUGACACCAUGACCUAGUUUAGUCUUAGUUGCAAGUCAGGAAAACCUGUGGGAUUGGCUAUUUGUUGACGUUUUGACUAUUAUCAGGAUUAUAAGCAAACAAUGUAAUGAAAUGUGUUCUAACACUAAAGGAACAUGUUCACAUGCAGAUAUUACAGAGAGCAGUGUGCCACUGGUUUAACGGAAUACAGAAAGUUUAUCCCUGCAAUGUCCGCUACGUUUUAUAUGCACAGCAACAAUAUUAGUUACUGAACCUGGAGCUGUUGGAUACCUCCAACUUUGUAAGUCGGAACUGUGACUUCAGGGGGAAUUCUUGUGUUUCUAAAUGGGGAAUCUGGAAAGUCUCUGACUUCCAAAUGCAGCACAAGUCUGAGAGUGUGGCUUUUUAUAAUCUAAAGGAUGACAUUUGGUCUGGGUGACUCACAUGAGGAUCAGUCAAGACACCUUUUCAUAAUCUGGCUGCAAUUUCAUUAAUUGAUGUAUGAAAUUAGAUUUAGUAACUUACUACCAAGUCAAACAGCCUCAUUUAUGGUGUGGGUAAAAACUAGAUAAGGAAGUUCAGAUGGGAAAUUGAUUCUGAUUGGUUUAAUCGAUAUUGAACUAUUUUAAGUUUCAGACAGAACAACUGAACUGUUUUUUUUUUUUUUUUUUUUGUCUAACAUUUUAAGAGAAACAAAUUUGCACAAAUCUGCCUUUGUACACUAUCUGGAUAACUCCAUGUUGAUUACUAGAGAUUCAAAGGUUGUUCCAUCAUUGCUGCUGUGAAUUUGGAGAAAGCCAUGACAACGGUGCAUAACUGGUGCGCUGACUUCACUGCCUGGAAUUUCAGCCACCAUACUUUUUUCUUUUUUUAUUCAUGCAGCGUCCUCAAAACGUGAAGAAGUCUGUGUGAACCCAUGUAUGCCCCAACUGUUCCUUCUCUCCUUAACGUAGCAAUAACACUGCUGCCGUACCAACGGCUGCCCCGAGGCAGAGCGUCUCUUUGCCAUGGGUGGUCUGAACCGGGUCUUCCUGAGUUCUGUCCUUGUUCUUCGCUUGCAGGCACUCGUUUGAUUCAGAAACAAACAGGAAGCGUGUGUAGUGUGGUAUGCAAGUGUGCUGAGAGGUCCCUUUGAAACCUCACAGGCUUCAGUGUUGCAUCAGAUCCAAUCAGUACACAUGAUGUGUAAUUGUGCAUUAAUGGUGGUGUACUUUCCUUUUUGUUGUUUCUGACUAAUGACUGUUGGCAUUACUAUUGUCUCAACAUGUUUAUUAUGGUCUAUGUGAUGGGUAAGAGUGACUCGGCAGUAGGUGUCGGUGGUAGAUGUGCGUUAACUUCCUUCUCGUGUGUGGGUCCUCAGCCGUCGUCCAGUUUGCAGAGUAGACGGCUGCAGGAAUCAUGGGGGAGGGAGAUAAACAAUUGGGGAAUUGCAGGCCUCAAACCAGGCAGCGCUGUGUUUAUAUCAAGCUUUUUCAGCUGGGAGUUUCAGCUAGUUACAGUACAGUUAAACUCAGUCCAGGUGUUUUUUUUUGUUUUGUUUGUUUUUUUGGCAGGGGGUGGAAUAUUGUGGGCUCUACUAGGCAUGGGCCAGUAUCAGAUUCUCACAGUAUAAAAGUAAUGCAAAAUACUCCAUGGCAUACAAAUGUCUACCAUGAUUGGAUGCUUUUUAUUUAAAAUAGAAAAGCAACAAUUGUUCCUACUGCUGCUAGAUAAAGUAAUAUAUUAUUACAGGUUAAUUAAUAUCAAAGGAAUUUCUUGUUCAUCUGAUUUCAAAACCAAGAAAUCAGAGAAUCGGCAAAUAAAAGCCCACUAAACUUGGCUUUCUUUUAAGGGAGGAAAAAGUGUAAGAGCCUUCUUUUAAACCGGCUGACUCGCAGUGCACGGCAACAUGUGGGGGAGGGGAUGCAGACUAUAACUCAAAGCUCUUUACGGACAAAACGAACUGUUGCUACUCCAGCCCACUCCCAGGCAUCUAAUUUAAAGGGCUUUAAACGAUUAAGAACGACAUUCAGGAGAACCUUUGGUUUUUAAAGCCUUGGUGGACUUUGCUGCUGGUAUCCAGCCCAUGCCUAGGUUGUACUAUUUGAUGAAUUUUUCUGCAGAACUUGGUACAUGCAUAUAUACCCUUGGGUAUUAUAUGCAUGUACCCAAGGGUACUUGAAUUUUGCCUCUUUGUUCUGUUGCAUUUUUAAAUCAGUGUCAACUUAAAGACUCCCAGUUUGGCACAUGUGCUUGAAAAGCUUCUUUCUCCUUAAACAACUUCCACUUGUUGAUCUCCUUAUGAUCCCAUGAAUUUUGGAACGUAAACUCUUUUGUAACUCCACACUGUCCCAUUAUUUGCUCUAAAAAAAAAAAAAAAACUUUUUAAAAAUGUAACCGAAGGAUUGAAUGUCUCUCUCUGAUUGUAACUGGAUUAACUCAACCCAGCCUCUAUUACCACCAGAAGCGUUUUCCCCAGCUCUGCUCCUCUGUUCGGGGAUAAAAUCCGCAAUCUAUUGCAAAAGUUUUAAGUUGAUCUGUGUAAUACCCUAUCAUUGGACUUUAGAUGCAGAUACUGGUGGGCGUGGCCUCAGGGGAUUUAUUUUUUCAUUAUUUUUCCAUUAUAAAUGAGUUACAUGUUAUUACAGACAAAGGUUAACUGGUGCCCUCCUCCCCACUCCCCUUAGUAAAGCAUGCUGUUUAUUUUUCUUCCACUAUUCAGUGCUUUCUGUUUUUUUUUUUUUAUGUGGCCUGUUUUGUUAACGAGUAUGAUUAAAAACACCCUAUUCCAGUGUACACUCGGACAUGACAAACUAAAGGAUUAGGGUGAAGAAAUCCCAGCUAAGAACUAAUUCAAUCUAUAUUUGCUCUGAAAUGUGUAAUCCCAUUUAUUUACAACGUGUCCUCCUAGUAGACGUAGGCCUGAUCUCUUUCUAAUGUAUCGUGUGCUUGUACAGGUCAUUUUCUAUUAAGUUAUUUCUGUGUAACUUUCGGGAUCAUGUGUGUUAGCGAUGAGUCUGCUCUAUGCUGUUCAAAUAAAGGCAUAUUGAGAAGUUCCAAUCUCCAGUUUGUACAACCAUUCAGCUUUUUUUCUUUGGAGGGGGAGUAUUGGUUUAAACGACUUUAAUGUAUUAAGAUUAACCUACGAAGAGUUGGCCGUCCCCAGGUGGUUUAACUGAUGGGACUUUCAUCUCCUGAAUGUCUGUUUGAUCUGAUCAUGCAUCCUGAUGGCUUUUGGAGCAGCUGUCUGAGUGUGUGAUUAUAUGGCAGAAGCACUUACCUUCCCACCAUGCAACAUUCCUGAAACUAUUUGAGAUGGAACCUCAAUUUCUUGUCUCGGCUGUGUUUCAGUGAAGAUUCAACAGCAUUGUUUCCCCUCUCCUCCUGCUUUGGUUAAAAACAUUCACUUUGCAAGCAAAUAAACUUCUCAUGCUAAACGUA